UAUCUUUUAAGAAGACACCAGCUGUGCGAAAUGCUCAUGUCAUGAUGACUUUGAAAGUGGUAGAGACCGUAAAUAAGUAAAUAUGGAAAUAUGGUUUCUGGCGGCCUCUUGCGGACUACAGCACACUGUACAGCAUCAUGGCGGCGUCCUCGCGACUCAUAUCCAGGCUGACAUUAGUGACAGGAGGCGGCAGUGGCAUUGGCAGGGCUGUGUGUCAGAGGUUCGCCUCUGAAGGAGCUUCUGUAAUAGUGGCUGACCUCAAUGAAGAAUCAGCCAAUCAGACGCUGGAGCUGCUGUCACAUGACCUCAGAGGUCAGCAGCACAUGGCCCUGGGGGUGGAUGUGUCAUCUAAGGACAGUGUGGAGAAACUAGUGACAAGUGUACAGCGCCGCUACUUCCAGCCUCCGUCUGUGUGUGUGAAUGCAGCCGGGAUCACGCAAGAUGACUUCCUUCUCAAGAUGGAAGAAGAUGAUUUUGACAAAGUAAUCAAGAUUAAUCUCAAGGGCACGUUUCUCGUGACUCAGGCCGUCUCGAAGGCUUUAGUUUCUGCAGGAGCUGUGAAGGGCUCCAUCAUCACUGUGGGCAGCAUCGUGGGCAAGGUUGGGAAUAUCGGGCAGGUGAACUACUCCGCUUCUAAAGCCGGAGUGGAGGGACUCACUCGAACCGCUGCCAAAGAGCUGAGCAAAUUUGGCAUUCGCUGCAACUGUGUCCUGCCCGGGUUCAUCACUACACCCAUGACAGAUAAAGUACCAGAGAAAGUCAUCGAUAAACUCACAGCCAUCAUUCCAGUGGGAAGAAUGGGAGAACCUGCUGAAGUAGCUGAUGCAUGUGCAUUUCUGGCUUCUGAUGACAGUCGAUAUAUUACUGGAAUCAGCAUUGAAGUUGCUGGUGGACUCUUCAUUGGCUGAAAACUGUUGAAUGACACUAAACUGAUCACCAACUCUGUGCCUUCAUCUUCGUGAAGUUGUCCUUGUAUAAAUUACAUUUAAUUGCUGUAAAAUAUUGUGAACAAUGUAACAAAUGAAAA